CCGGGGGUUGUAUUUACGACACGCACGCGGAGUCCCAUGUGUUGGCAGAGAUGGCGAGCGGGGACGGUAGGAACACGUUGGGGAGCUGUUUACAGCUAAUAAACUCUAACACAGCACACCCGGAGCUAUUUCUUAGUGUUCAAGAUGCUCUGGCAACGGACCUCACGUUUCUUACCAAGACUCUUUACGAUCUGCAUAAGGCCCAUGAGCCUGCAGGCUGCAAAGGAAGCCCACUUGAGCAGCUGGUCGUCGAGAACUUUGAUGAAGAGCAAAUCUGGCAAGAGCUGGAGCUUCAGAACACCGCAUUACUGGCACACUUUGAGGAGGCAGUUCAACAAACUGUCAAGGAUGAUACUAUAACGUUUCUUGAAGACACCGAGGAAGAGGAGGAUAAUGAUUUAGAUGAUGGGGAUAAUCAGGAUUUGGAAGGGGAGAGUGCCGAGGAAGAUGAGGACGAUGACGAAGAGGAGGAAUUUCAGACAAAACCAUCUGAAGACCAUGAGGAAGAUGACUUGUCUGGGGAGGACUCUGAUGUAGAUUUUGAUGUGGAUAAGUUUGAGGAAAAAACUAAACAGCAGAGACAGUCUACGACCAAAAAGGCAAAAUCUAACAGGACUGUGUCCGAAGUAGAUGACAGGUUUUUUAAGCUUUCAGAAAUGGAGGCGUUUUUGGAUGACAUGGAUAAAAGAGAAGGCAAGACCACAGAGGAAGAAAUAGACUAUUUUCAGGAUUUUCCAACAGAUGAAGAUGAAGAACUAGGUUUUGACAAACCAGUGGCAUCAAAAAAACUGAAAAAGACGAGAAGCUCCAGAAAUAUGAAAUACAAAGAUUUUUUUGAUCCUGUGGUCGGAGAGCCUGACCAGACAGAUCCAGAUGAGGAGAAUGAAGCAGAAUCGAACGAUGCACUUGAGGGAGCGGAAGACAACAACGAUGUUGAUGAUCUAGAGGAAGAGGAUGACAUGAAUGAGGAGGAUUUUGAUAUGGAGGAGGAUGAUGACAUGGACGAUAAAGCCAGAAAUUAUUUACGGAAAGUGACCUUUGACCUACCCGAUGAAAGUGAGGGAGAGGAUGUGGAAGACAUCCUUGGUGGUAAAGCUAAAAAUACACCUAAACCGGAGUCAAAGUCAUCAUUCGAAAAGCGUCAGGAAAAGAUGGCACAAAAAAUAGAAGAGCUGGAGAAAGAUGCAUUGUCAGAGAAGCCGUGGCAGCUGAUGGGAGAGGUGACCUCUCAGACUCGGCCAGAAAACAGCAUGCUGGAAGAGGAUGUUACGUUCGACCAGGCCUCCAGGAUGGCUCCUGCAAUCACAGAGGAGACUACAUUACAGCUUGAGGACAUUAUCAAACAGAGAAUUAAAGAUCAGGUGUGGGAUGAUGUUGUAAGAAAAGAGAAGCCCAAGGAAGAGGUGUUUGAGUAUAAGAAGAGACUUACUCUAGACCACGAGAAGAGUAAACUGAGUUUGGCUGAGGUUUAUGAGCAAGAGUAUCUCAAACAGACACAGGACAAGAAGGAAGAGGAAGAGAAUCCAGCUCAUGUUGAAAUCCAGAAGCUCAUGGACACACUCUUCCUUAAACUCGAUGCGCUAUCCCACUUCUACUUCACACCAAAACCACAUAUUCCUGAGGUGAAGGUGGUUUCCAAUAUGCCUUCGAUCACUAUGGAGGAGGUGGCUCCAGUCAGUGCCAGUGAUGCCACUCUACUGGCUCCAGAAGAAAUCAAGGAGAAGAACAAGGCUGGAGAUCUGCUCGGUGACACAGAGAAGACAACCACAGAUAAGAAACGAGCGAGACGGAAGAAGAAGCUGCUUAAGCGCAUGAAGGUUCAGGAGCGUGAGAAGAGGCAGAAACUCAAACAGAUUAAAAGUGGAGAGAUUAAGAAGAACAGCAAAGCUGAAGUUGAACAGACCAUCAAGAAACUUACUAAAGGAGGAAAAGCCAAAGUACUUACGAAUGAUGGCAUGGAUAAGGCUCUUCGUUCCUCUCAAGCAUUUUUCUCACAACUACAAGACCAAGUUAAAAGCCAGAUCAAGGGGUCCAAAGACAAGACGGGAAAGAAAAAGAAACAAAAAGAAGUCUCUGUGAACAAGCUGAAAUUAUAAUAAUAUUGUGUGUCAUGUAAUGUGUACAGUUUUUCGUUUUAAGAGAACUCAAAUCAUUGAUAUAUCUUGUCAUUUUUAUUGAAAUACAAAUAAAAUUCCUGUGUAUGUG